AUGGAAACCUUAAAUAAUAAUAAACAAAAUUAUCAAGUCCUUAGCCUAACUCACCUUCAAAAUCUAAAGAAAGCAAAAGAAUUUUAUGAUAAUUCACAAUCUAUCACAGCUCUUGAUUUUGAUAGCUCUGGCGAAUUUUGUGUUACCGCUUCAACCGACGAAACCAUUAAUUUAUAUAAUUGUCAAACUGGAAGAUACGAAAAUUUUUCAGUUAGCAAAAAGUAUGGCGUGCAUCUAACUAGGUUUAUGCACUCGAGUAGCGAUAUCGUAUACGCGUCAACAAAAGGCAAUGAUACGUUAAGAUAUUUAUCAUUACGCGAUAACCAAUUCAUAAGAUAUUUUCGUGGUCACCAAAGUAGAGUAGUCGCUUUAGAAAUGUCUCCCGUAGAUGAUCAAUUUUUGACCGGGAGUAUCAAUGAGGGUGUUCGGUUAUGGGAUUUAAGACAACCUAACGCCAUUGAUUUUAUAGAUAUUCAAUCCGGAAGACCUUGUUUAGGAUAUGAUCCUUCUGGUCUUGUGUUUGCAAUUGGUAAACGUAGCAAUAAAACUAUUCAGUUAUAUGAUAGCCGAAAAUUUGGUCAGUCCCCUUUCGAUACAUUUCAAAUCGAUGAUAAUUAUGUAGAUUCAAAUGGUUUACCAACUUCUCCCCCUGAAUGGACUGGAUUAAAGUUUAGUAAUGACGGCCAAAAAUUAUUGAUAACUACAUCUGGAGAUGUUCAUUAUUUAGUCGAUGCUUUCAGUGGUCAAUUAAAACAACGAUUAAUUGGUCAUGUAGGGCUAGAUAAUGCUUCGGCAUGCUUGGGAGGUGAUGAGACAAGUUUUACUCCAGAUGGUCAAUAUGUAAUAUCUGGUUCUCGAGAUGGCCUUGUAUUAAUUUGGGACACGACAAAAUCCAUCGAUUCAUCCAAUACUCUGUCUGAAAACAUUGAUCUUCGACCUAUCCAUACAUUAAAUCAUCAUAUUAAGCCGACGCAAGUAUUUUGGUUACCUUCAGUCGACCCUAACGACAUAGUUAAAGAGUCGGAAGAUAAUAAACCUUGUUUAUCUUCAGGUGAUAUAGUAAAGGAAACACCUAAUAUCCAAAUGCAGGUAACGGCUAGCACCAGUUCUUCUGUUGAUGCCGUUUCUAAUAGAUUGUUGGGGCCUGUACAUCAUUAUCACCUUUAUUAG